CUCUGUCUGUCUCUCUCUGUCUGUCUGUCUCUCUCUCUCUCUGUCUGUCUCUCUCUGUCUGUCUCUCUCUGUCCCUGAGCAGCACAGGCAGGAUCUGGGAAUGAGGGAGUGGGCGGGGCUUGCUCAGCGGCUGAACAUGGACUCACCCUGGGAUGGGGGGGGGACUGUACCAUAUUCCUGAGUCUGAGGGGAAACAGGAAGAGAAGGGAAAGCCGUUUGGUUCCCAGGAUACAAACUAGUGACUGUAUAGAUUUAGCUGUAGGGGAGAGCAGGGGUAGUAGAGACAGGGAAGGGUGAGGGAAUAGUUUGGUACCCACAGCCCUGACCCCUCAGCCUCUCGCUCCCUUUUGCCCAGAAAGGAAUUUCCUGUCUCCCUGUCGUCUCUGCAACCGGAAUGUUCUGUGGGAAGGUGAGUCCUGGAAAAGGCAGCAGACGAGGAGAAUGAGAGGAUCUUCAGGGCAGCGGCAGCAUUUGGUUCAUAUGGAUCAAAGCUCUCAACAAUAAACAAAAAGGGACCAAUUUUGUGAAAGUCCGGAACUCGGCAGAACUUCCACCAAACUCACACAGCCAGGGGGGCAAUAACCUGCUGUACAUUGGGCAACAGAACCAACCAGCACAAGCAGUUAUGGAACCUUAUACGGGGGGUAAGACCUCUGCUCUAGGAACAAUCCCACCCUUUAUCAUAUGACUCAAUGGAAAUAAAUAGGGCACAUCUAAUCCAGUGACGACAACUGUUCUUCAGACAAAUAAUAACACAAUGUCGGGUCCAACACCAGUCACUAGCGAGGCGCCCAUAGAAAGCCCAAAGACAAACCAGCUCUCUAAAGGCCAAAGGCCAGGGAAGCCAUUUGUUUGUGCCAAGUGUAAGAGACGAUUCUCUCACAAAGGGAACCUUCUCAUCCACCGGCAAAUUCAUACAAAGAAGAGGUCCGUCUGUCCCAAAUGCGGGAAACGUUUCUCCGACAGAAGGAUCCUUUUAGCUCACUGCUGGGCUCAUACUGGGGUGAAACCAUUCACUUGUGCUGAAUGUAAUAAAGGUUUUUUGUGGAAACGAGACCUUCACGGGCAUCAGCAGGUCCAUCAAGAGGAGAAACCCCAUGUUAAUAACCUUUGUACUCAAACAGAAGGGGAUCAUUGUAUAUUUCAAACAACGGACACAUAUAAAAUUGAACCUGAUGCUCAAACAAAAGAGAGUCGUUUUGACUCUAAUCAGUGUGAAUCGAUGCACAUGUAUAAGACUGAACCUGAUGCUCAAUCAGAAGGGGAUUGUUUUGUCUCUAAGUGUGAAACAACGGAUAAUAGAGAACUUGAUGCUUCUCUUGAGACUCGCACAGAGGAGAAGCCCUUUGCCUGUAACUCAUGUGGGAAGAGCUACAGAGAUGAGCAUGAACUCAAGGCCCACUCGCGGAGUCACUCAGGAGAGAGGCGUUUUGUUUGCAGUGAGUGCGGGAAAAGCUUUAAGGCCAAAUGCAAGCUGGACGACCAUCUUCGAACUCACACAGGAGAGAAACCAUUCACUUGUUCUGAAUGCGGGAAAUGUUACAGGAGGAAAUCAGACCUGGUCGAUCAUAAGAAAGUUCAUACCCACAAAAACUCCUUUAUCUGCCCCGAGUGUGGGAAAAGCUACGCAAGUAAAAGAAAUCUAAAGGCUCAUCUUAACGUUCAUACAGGAAAUACUUUCCAGUGCACCGAGUGUGGGAAAUCCUUCCCAAAGAAGAGCAGCCUUCAAAGGCACCAGAUGGUCCACACCGGGGAGAAACCAUUUGAGUGCACAGAUUGUGGGAAAUUAUUUCCAUUCAAGAAGAACCUUCUAAGGCACCAAAUGAUUCACACAGGGGAGAAACCAUAUGAGUGCACAGAGUGCGGGAAACACUUUAGGUACAAGAGUAGGCUCAACAUUCAUUAUUUAGUUCAUGCCGGGGUUAAGCCUUUCUCUUGUUCAGAGUGUGGGAAACAGUAUACUUCACGAUAUGCACUUGACUAUCACCUGUUAACUCACACAGGGGAGAAACCAUUUGUCUGUACCGAGUGUGGGAAAGCCUUCAGGGUAAGGCAGGGUCUCAGGCUACAUCUUCAGUGUCACACAGGGGAGAAACCAUUCCUCUGUAUUGAGUGUGGGGAAGCCUUCAGGGUUAGGCAGAGCCUCAGGCUACAUCUUCAGUUUCACACAGGGGAGAAACCAUUUCCCUGCCCCGAGUGCGGCGCUUGCUUCAGGAGAAAAGUAGAACUUCAGCGUCAUCUUGUGAGUCACAUAGGAGCGAGACCUUUUGCCUGCACCGAAUGUGAGAAAACCUUCAGAACAAAAAGUGAGUGCGACGAUCAUUAUUAUACGCACAAAGGAGAGAAACCCUUCGUCUGCAACGAGUGCGGGAAAUGUUACAGUAUGAGACGUAGUCUUCUCUCUCAUCUACGGAUUCACACUGGGGAGGCGCCCUUUGUCUGUGCCGAGUGCGGCAAAAGCUACAGGGUACGGCGCAGUUUCCUUACCCAUCUAAGGACUCACAGCGGAGAGAGGCCCUUUGUCUGUGCCGAGUGCGGCAAAAGCUACAGGGAUAACAAAUGUCUCCUCGUUCACCUUCACAGUCACCAACAAUAAAUAAUAAUAUAUAAUAAAUAAUAAAUGAUGGGACGCGCUGAAAUAAAAUUCUCUCGUAACAAUAA